CUUUUUGACGCCGCCGACGACCAGGACGACGACGACACUCGACGCCGACACCAAGACUUGCCCUUUGUCGCCGCGAUAUUCAUUGAGUCACCAAAAAUUUGUCCCGCAAGCCCGCACAAACCCCGCUCCCUCGCUAUUUUUUAUUUGAGUGAGUGAGCCGCUUUCGGGCAUCGAAUCUUGGGACAACAACUCGACGCCAACUACCUGAGCAAGAGGAGGCAUCUUUUUUUCUUCUAUUUAUUCCAAGGUUCAACCGGCCACCUCUGUCAAAAUGUCCAACUACAACGGCCGCCGCGGCCCCAAUGUGUCGCAGUAUCUCCGCGACCUCAAUGCCAUCAACCGCCAGGAGUCUUCCAACGACGAGCCCUUCAACAUGGAGGAGGAUCUUGCUCUGUUCACCAACACCCAGUUCUUCGACUUUGAGACUGGCCAGAACACCGACUACCAGGCCCAUCCCGUCAAGGCUGACAUGGAGGCUCCCCCGAGCACUUCGCCUUCCGAUGGCAUGACCCCGGCUCCCUCUGUCGUGGGCGACCUCUCCAACUUUGAUUUCAUCCAGGGUGAAUUUAGCUUCCCCGAGUUUACCAGCGCCUAUCCGUCGACCCCCCUGAACGGCUUCGCGGAUGGUGCUCAGAACUUCCAGGCCAUGCAGCCCAACCCUUCUGCCGCCUAUCAGCCCGUCCCCCAGCAGCAGCAGCAGCAGCAACAGCCUGCCCACUAUGGCCAGCAACCCGUCCCCCAGUCCGCUGAGAAGCGCAAGUCUGAGAGUGGUCCCGGCGCGGGCCGCUCCAUGAACUUUGAGGAAGCCUCCCGCCAGGCUGCCGAGGAGGACAAGAGGAGGCGCAACACGGCCGCCAGCGCCCGCUUCCGCAUCAAGAAGAAGCAGCGUGAGCAGGCCCUCGAGAAGUCUGCCAAGGAGAUGUCGGAGAAGGUCACCUCCCUCGAGAGCAAGGUGCAGCAGCUCGAGAUGGAGAACAAGUGGCUCAAGAACCUCCUCGUCGAGAAGAACGAGGGCAACGACGAGAUCGUCACCCUGUGGAAGGAGUUUGCCGCCUCCAAGACUGGCGGCGACAAGAACAAGCCCGAGUCAAAAUCCGACUCCCCCGUCAAGGAGGAGACAAGGUAAUCCGAUCUUCAACCAAACAAGCGACACACAACUCUCGGUGCGGCGCAACGACAGCUUACGGGAAACAUGUGUGAUGCGGAUCUCGGGAGGCCGGCGGCGUUCUUCUGUCUGGGUUGCAUCAAGUGGACGGGGUGGUGGCGUUUGAUUUGAAUAUUGCGAGACCUGGUCUGGGGAAUCUAUAAGGAGUAUAUUGUGCGUGGAGGUUGCCAGAGGUUGGCCAUGAAGGCUGCCCAAGACAGACGACAUACAAGAUAAAAAACAUGUGAGGUUUGGUAAGGGGUUGAGAUGGUUCAGUGGAUGAAUGGACAAUACGGCUGUGAUGAAAGCAGCUGGCUAGAAACAGGUCCUGGUUUGGGAUGACAGGAGACAACCUGGGAGGACAUUUUGUUUUGUCUGCAAUGAUAUCAACGGGUAUACGAUAAUUUCGAUCCGUACACUUUUCUUUUAA